AUGGCCACUCCCAAGGCUAUAGUAGGAGUCCUUUCCAUCGGCCAGAUGGGGUUUGGGGUCGCAAAAUUACUUCUAGCCCAUGGCUUUCAUGUUAUCACCAAUGUGGGGGAUAGGAGUUUCGCGACGCAAGAACGUGCCAAAUCUGCAUCCAUCGAGUGUGCCUCGUCGGAUUCUGAGCUCGUUGCCAAAGCAGACUACAUAUUAUCAAUCGUACCUCCGAGAGAUGCAAAAGCUACCGCAGAGCGUAUCUUGAAUAUUUUCAAUCACGAAGUUGACCCGAGGACUGGAAAGAAAGAACAACUGUAUUAUGCAGACUUGAAUGCGGUGUCCCCGGAGACCGCCAGAAACAUAAGUGAAUUAUUCCAGCAAGAACCACGAUGUAAGAUCCGAUUCAUCGACGGCGGAAUAAUCGGAGGUCCUCCAUCCCCCACCCCAGACACAGGAGGUUGGAAGCGCCCUGGCAUCCCAAUGUCAGGACCCCAUCCACUUUCCGACGCGCCUAUCGCCGGACGCGAACUCGCCGACACCCUCAAUACGCGUUACCUGAAUGCCGAUAUCGGCACAGCUUCCGGCCUCAAAUGUACCUUCGCGGCUCUAUCCAAAGGCUUCACUGCUCUGGCACUCCAGUCUUUUACCACAGCGGCGUCGCUUGGUGUGCUACCGGAACUGCAGGAUUACAUCUCAGAGUACAAUCCCAGUGCGAAGGUCCGCGCUGAGAAGGGCGUUACUGGGUGUCCACCAAAAGCCUACAGAUGGGUUGAGGAAAUGAAUCAGAUAGGGCAGUGUUUUGAGCUUGAAGGGGGUUGGCCAGCAAGUGCGAAUGUCUUCCGAAGUGUGGCGAGUGUGUAUGAACAGCUGGCUGUUACAGUGGAGGAAAGAGGUGGGGCGGAAGGCAUGGAUGAAUUGGAGGGCGCGCUUUCAGCGCUAACGAAGAGUUUGAAAGAUGGGAAUGAUCUCCCUAAGAUUAGAAUCGACUGA